AUGCAACCAGUAAAAGAGAAGGAGGGCGGAGUGAACGAGCGAGACACAGAGGCUCAGAGCACAGAGCGGGACAAGGCCACCAUCUCGCGAGCGCGGAAGGGCCGUGACGCAGAGAGAGAAGAAGAGGAAGAAGAAGAGGAAGAGGAAGAAGAAGAGGAAGAGGAAGAAGAAGAGGAAGAAGAGGAAGAAGAGGAAGAAGAAGAGGAAGAGGAAGAAGAAGAGGAAGAGGAAGAAGAAGAGGAAGAGGAAGAAGAAGAGGAAGAAGAGGAAGAAGAGGAAGAAGAAGAGGAAGAGGAAGAAGAAGAGGAAGAGGAAGAAGAAGAGGAAGAGGAAGAAGAGGAAGAAGAAGGGGGAGAAGAAGGAGACAAAGACGGUGGAGAGAAGGUAGAAGGAGACGGUGACGACGAAGAAGAUGACGAAGAAGACGGUGGAGGAGGGUAUUUGAUUUGA